AUGGCUCUUCAUCUCUUUUCGUGGUCGCCUUUGCGCACCGUUGGCUCGGCCUUUGGGUCGGUGUCUGCUGCUGCUAGUGUUGCUUGUCGCUGGAAUUCGACGGCUGCUGCUCCGAAUCCCGCUCCUCAGCGUGGUCCCAGAUCUCGGUCUCCCAAAGUGUACAACCGCCGUCGUGGGCCAGUGGACCGCCGCCGAUUCCUCGAGGAGCAGCGGGCUCAGAGUGAGAGCAGGGCCUUGGAGAGGUACCAGACGCGUGAAUGGAAAGCCGGUGAUCUCUAUGCCCCUCAUGACCUCAGCCCGGCAGAGAUGAAGAAAUGGAGGAAGCGCUACAGUCCCUCGACUGAUGCCUUUGACGCACUGAACCUGAACCCUCUGGAUUUGUAUAAGAACUUCUCUGUCAUGUCGGAAUAUAUUACCUCGAUGGGUCGGAUAAAGCACAGGAACAUGACGGGUCUGCGGCCCGUUAACCAGCGCAAGAUCUCCAAGGCCAUUCGGAGAGCUGUUGGACUUGGUCUCAUGCCCAGUGUUCACCGACACCCGGAAGUUCUGGCGGCCGAAGCAAGGUCGCGGAUGGAGGGAGGAAGUGGUUAUUGA